AUGAUGGAGGACUUUGACGAGAUCUACGAGGAAGAGGAGGAGGAAGAGGAGGACGAGGACAGGGCCGCGGAGGAGCAGCUCCUCAAGUACGCUCCGGAUCCGGUGGUGGUGCGAGGCUCCGGACACGUCACGGUGUUUGGACUUAGCAACAAAUUUGAAUCAGAAUUUCCAUCAGCACUUACUGGAAAGGUCGCACCUGAGGAAUUCAAAGCAAGCAUCAACCGAGUGAACAGUUGUCUAAAGAAGACGCUGCCGGUUAACGUGCGCUGGCUCUUGUGCGGCUGCCUGUGCUGCUGCUGCACGCUCGGCUUCAGUUUGUGGCCUGUAAUUUGUCUCAGCAAGCGGACAAGAAGAUCUAUAGAGAAACUUCUAGAGUGGGAGAACAGUAGACUCUACCACAAGCUGUGUUUGCAUUGGAGAUUGAACAAAAGAAAGUGCGAAUCCAACAACAUGAUGGAAUAUGUAAUCCUAAUAGAGUUCCUACCGAAGAUCCCCAUCUUCAGACCUGACUAG